AUGAAUUCGAACGUGGCAUCUAUUAAGCUCGUCCUUUUGGGUGAAGCAGCAGUUGGCAAGUCUUCGAUUGUUUUGAGAUUUGUAUCGAAUGAUUUUUCUGAGAAUAAGGAGCCUACUAUUGGGGCAGCUUUCCUCACUCAGAGGGUUAAUAUGGGGAACCAAACUAUCAAGUUUGAAAUUUGGGAUACGGCUGGACAAGAGAGAUUUGCAUCAUUGGCGCCUAUGUACUAUAGGAAUGCUCAGGCAGCGCUAGUCGUUUACGAUAUCACGAAACCGCAGUCAUUUAUUAAGGCACGUCAUUGGGUGAAGGAGUUACACGAGCAAGCUAGUAAGAGUAUAAUUAUAGCUUUGGUGGGGAACAAGUUAGAUUUGCUGGAAUCGGAUGAGGAAAGGAAGGUGGCUCGUGAGGAGGCGGAAAGUCUUGCGCAAGAGGAAGGGCUUUUGUUUUUUGAGACCAGUGCCAAGACUGGGGAUAAUGUAAAUGAGGUUUUCUUGGGUAUAGGUGAGAAGAUACCAUUAAAACAGCAAGAAGUGCAAAAUGGGAAUGGAGCUAGUGUGAACGAAGUCAGUCGAGUCGAUUUGAAUGUAGCAGGUUCUUCAGGUGCAAAUUCCAGUGGCUGUAACUGUUAG